AUGAGUACUCGAAUAUUAAAUAAUAUUCAUAAUGAUAUAAGGCAGCUUAUAAAAACAUUUACAUCAUACAAGGAAGAUGAAGAAAGAUUUCGAAGAUGUGAACGAUAUUGCUUAUCAAAUAUUAAACAUCAUCGCUACCUUUCAGUUAAUAGCCAUGCGACUAAAGAAGCUAUAAGUGCAUUGGUCACUAAAUUUUCAAUUCAUGGGAAAUAUGAAGUAGCUAAAAAAUUUCAGGAAUUAGUUGAUACUUUCUUAUCAAGUUUUGAUUUUGAACAACAUCCACAAUAUGAUCUGCAGUGGUAUCUGUUAACAUUCUUAUUGGAUCUAUCUACUGAAACUCACAAGUCCAAUUUAGAUUGCUUAAAAUUUGGAGAAUAUAAUUUUAAUAUAGCUGCUGGAAAUGAGGACAAUAUAGAAGAAAUAGACUGGGCACAGUAUUUAAAAGAAGGCCAAGAAAAUUUUUUUUAUGAUUAUAAAAACGAUGAUAGUGAAAGUGAGUGGUCUGAGAUAACAGAUGAAGAUGAAACAGAUAAUGAUGUUUCUUUACCAACACAAAUAUCUAAUAUGCAAUUAGAUAUUGCACAAUCAUCAAAAAUAUCAGAUAAUAUAACAAAUGAAUAUUCUCUAGCAUUAGUGCAAAAUCUUGAAUCUAGAAAGUGGCUUUUAUCAAAUGUUCAAACAGAUUGGUGGAAUAAUUUACAGUGUCAGAAAUAUCUUGUUACCAAACAAUCUUGCAAUACAAAUAUUUGUGAUAUUUGGCAGGGAAGCUCAUCAUCUUUACACAAAGUAAUUACUCUUAGUGAAUAUCAAGUAUGCAGAGAGUUAUUAUGGAUGUUUUAUGUACAAACAUCUAUGGUAGUGUUUCAGCAGGAAAAUGAAUCAAAAUUCGUGAUAUGUUCUAACAUAUCUAUUCCAAGUUUGACAACAACUGCUUUCAAAAGUAUUCUUUUACCAUUCUGUGAAUGCUUCUCGAUGAUAUAUGACAUUAAAAAAUUUGGUGCUGACUUACAAAUGGAUCAGAAUUCAGAUUGUCAGAGUCCUCCUUUGACUUAUGAAGCAUAUAAUGCAGCACUUAAAUAUCAUUUGUAUGAGUUGAAUAAUAAAGUUCUUAGUGUAGAAAAAGAUAUUAUGAAGCAAGAGGAUUGCAAUACGUUUUUGUCUUUAUCAGCCAGUCUAAGGAAACAUUUAAACACUGUAAAAAUACUUUACGAUAUACAUCAGAAAGUUAUAACAAAUUGGAGAGUUAGUCCUAAUUGGAAAUGUGCAUCUCGGCUAUUGUCGUCUUUAUAUUAUGAAAUGCAAAAUUCUCAUAGUUUAGAGAGAAUGAAUAUUUGUACAAAUUUAUAUUUAUGUAGUCUUAUAGUUUAUCUUAACAUAAUUGAUACAUGGUUAAAUGAGGGACGUUUGGAAGAUUGGAGAGACGAAUUUAUAAUUGUGAGAAUUGCAGAAGAUGAGUUGGCAGGAAAUAAUGAACAAAAUGAAAAAUUUACAGUACGAUUAUACGACGAUGUUUGCUCAGCAGAUCCAAUCAUGCAAUUCCUACUUCAGAAAGUACAACAUAUGGGUCAUAGUAUUGAAUUACUUGUUUCUUUAAAUCGAAUCACCGAUAUACAAGACACUACUCACACAAGAAUCUCAUUAAAUUCUAAAUUUCAAUUUAUGUUACUAUGGGAGAUAUCAUAUUAUUGCCCAUCAAUUAAAGAAAUAGAUACAACUGAAUUGCAGAUGGAUGAGGUGUCACAAGAAUAUGAAUUUGAACUUGAAAUUAAUAUAGUGGGACAAUUAUCAAAUUUACAUAAUCCAUUUUUCAUGAAAGCUAUGGAAAACUAUAUGCCAUAUUUGUUGUGUAAAAAUGAUAUAGUGGGCGAUCUCGAUACGAGAGAUUCUCAAAUAGAAGAGGAACAAAUACAUAAUUUAUAUAAAAAAUUGCAAAAGGUAAAAUAUAUUUUACCAUUGCGAAAUAUCUUGGAGAAUACAUUGUCUGAGAUAUUGACUUCCCAAUACAACAGAGCUAGUAAAUUAGUAAAAGAUAUCAUGAUCAAUGAGUACAAACUACAAACACAUCUGAAACUAUUAAGAUUUGUUUACAUGAUGGAAGCUGGACACGUCAUGAAUAAAUUUUGUCAGAUUUUGUUUUAUGAGAUUGAAAACAAUCAAAUGUGGGCUAAUUCAUAUUUUUUAUCGUGUAUUCUUGAAGAAGUAUUUUCUCAAUAUUGGCCAGAUACAAGUUUACAGUGGUCCAUUACAGUUCACAGCAACAUUAAUACACGUCAAGUAUUGGAAGCUGUAAAUUAUAUAACACUGUGUUACACAAUAAAAUGGCCUAUAAGUAUAAUGCUGACAGAAAAAAUUUUGGAAAAAUAUAAUGACAUAUUUAGAUUCCAAUUAAAAUUAAAAUGGGCGCUAUGGACGUUAAAUAAUUUAAGAUUUUGUGAUCUAGAAGGUUCUAAGUCUCCAUAUAUACGAGACAGAUUGGAACAGUUCUACAUAAGACGUCUUGAAAGCUUAAAAUUUUGGUUGUUGCAUGCAAUAGGAUCUAUACACACGUACAUAUCUGGUCAGGUAUUGCAAAGCCUAGGUUUUAUAUUGGAAAAAGUUCUAGCUCAGGCAGAUAAUCUUGAUACAAUUAUAUCAGUACAUAAUGAAUAUCUGGACAAAGUUCAUGAACAUUGCUUAUUAACAAAAGAGUUUGAAGAUUUAAUGACAACCAUAAAUAACAUGAUUGAAAUGUGUGGUCACAUACGAGAUAGAUGGUCACGUAAAAUAUUGUUAGCUGAGGAAUUAAAUGUUAUGGAACAUAGUUACAUAAAGUACCAUACGUAUCUUGCUUUAGCUUUGCACAAUGCAGUGCAGCAUAAGGAUGCGGAUUAUUUGACUGGCUUAAGUUCAGCCUUUAAUUGCAGUAUACCAUGUGCUUAAUUUUGUAUUAAUAGAGAAUGCCAACUCUCAUACAAAUUUAACAGCUUUUUACUAGUGUGAUUUCUGAUUUCUCUUAUUGUGGGAUUAACAGCGACAUCAAUUCCACUUCAUUUAUAUCAAUUACUGCUUAAUACUACAAUGAUUAUGAAUUUUUCGUGUAAUAUUUGCCUGUGCUAUUGUUCCUAGAUCAAUGUACUGUUAUCUUGCAUAUAAUUAAUACCCUUUAUUUUUUAUACUAAUUAUU